AGAGAUGAGAUCCACUAACACGUCUCAACCAGACUACUAAUCCAUCUUUAGAAUAUUACAGUAUAUUCUAUUUGUAUGACAAAGAUCAUAUUAAAUGCAUGGUGACUAGCAAGAUACAGUACUACUAUUCAUGAAUGAGGAUGAGACUGUCUGGGAGUCUUGGGAGCAUGAACAGUGUGGAGGCCUUCCUGUUCUUUAUUAGUAUUCUUUUAUAUCCCAGCUCCUACGUUUAGAAGGAUGUGGUUAUGACAAACAUUUCUAAUGAGACAGGUAGAUGCAAUGUGUACUAUAUAUAUUGAACCUUUUUGAGUUGACAGUGUCACAUUUCUUCCCCAGUCAUAUGUAAGCUAAUUUAUACCUGCACUAUACAUUACAUAAUGUCAGUAAUACUGUUUUUUGUUUUGAAAUUGUACUUUAGUUUUGAGAGAUGAGGUUUGUCAGUGAGGAAAUACAAUUUAAUCUAUUAGAACACAGCACCACCUACAGUUGACUUUAUGACACAACAGGAAGAAGACGGGAGAAUAUCCUUCUAUUUAAUUUAACUUGAAUCUAUUUAAAUAUGAUGCACUUGUUUAUGCUGUUAUUACAUACUGUAUCUAUAGUAAUACAGAUACAUGGAUGUUUUACCUCCUUUAUAUCAAUGCAAUGUAUGAAUGUAUUUGAGCCCUUAAAGUAUAAUGGUGAUAACAAUGUUUUGAACUUUGAUAGUUUGAUAUACUGUACCUUGUUCACUAGAUUUAAGUGUAUCAAGUUUUAGUUCCUGUUUGUAUUUAUUCUGAUCAUGGAUGUUGCUUGUUGUGUUUGACCCCACUAGAUUUAACACUGUUUAUAACUCAGGUUAUUAUUCUCGCUUGAUCUGUACAAUGUUUUAGAUUGUUUAAGAUUCAAAAGCAUUCUUUAAAUGUAUUGUGUUCUCUCCCGUUUGAUAUGAAACUAUAUUCUGUACUUAAAAAAUCACCCAUCGUCACCUUGUUUUACAGUAACAUUUCAAAUCAGGGCUACUUUGUUAUAGCUCGGUUUACAGUAACAUCACAAUCAGGACUAGGUUGUUAUAGAGCUGCACCAGGCUCCCUUGGCUAUGUGUGUAAUAUGUCAGCUAUCUGUUUUAAGAAGAGUUCAACUAAUUCACCUUCUCAACUAAAACUGGUGAUACACCAGUAGAGUUUACUUUCACUUUUAGUGUAGGGGAGGGGCUUCUGCCCAAAAGGUGAUAGGUUCAUUCAAACCAGGAGGGAAAUUCAAAAAAGAGAAGUCCCAUUUUCACCAUGGCUCCUACGUUCUACAACUACCUGUUUAUUCAGCUAAUAGUCCUCCCUAAAGGGCUCUCUCAUCUGGUGAGAACACAGCAGGUUGUCACAGCAACCCUGGGAGAAGAUGCAGUCUUAACCUGUGAGCUCAUGAAACCCAAAGACGUGCGGGAAGUUACUUGGCAAAAAGUGACAACUGGGGCGAAUGAAAAUGUGGCCACCUACAGCAAACGAGGUCCCGAUGUCAACGUACGUUUUAAGGGGAAAGUGGAGUUUGAAGAGGGGGGACUGCAGGACUGCUCUAUUGUCAUCAGAGGAGUGUCAAGAGGAGACGAGUCCUGCUACAAGUGUCUGUUUAACACCUAUCCAGAUGGAGCUAUCAGUGGCAGGACCUGUCUCCAAGUUAAUGAGCUGUAUGGACCCUCACUCCUCAUCACACAAACCAACAACAGUCACACCACUCUGUCCUGUUCUGCUACUGGACGACCUGCUCCUACAGUAACCUGGGAAGACACAGAAAUUCUAGAAGAUUCCACAAUGGCCAAUGUCACCCAUCUCAAUGGAACUGUCACGGUCACCAUAACUUCCACGCUGGCAGCAUUCAGUCUACCUGACAAAGACACCAGGUUUGGCUGUAUGGUGUCACUGUUCUCUGGAGGUGUCACCAAGAGCGUAUCCAUGGUUAUUCCAGCUAGAACUCAAGCUUCAUUUCCUGAUGUACCUGAGGUCACUGAUGGUGACAGGAUCAGAGGGAUUGGUGCAGUGAUGGGUUCACUGUGUCUCAUUGCUGUGUGCUGUGGAGCUGCUGUGGUACUGUGGUGCAAACUGAGAAAUACAACGAGAAGAAACUACUGAGCAUGGUGUUGGUUGAACAGGAGUGGCACUACUUCAAGUCUGAGGCAGAGUUACUGCACAAUGUCUGCUCUGGUGCUCAGCUUACCUACUUAUCUUUAUAUAAAUAUGUAUCUGUCUGUCUGUCAGUCUUUCUUUGUCUCUGUCUCUCCCUCUGUCUGUCAGUCUAUCAGGCUCUCUCUGUCUCUGUCUGUCUGUACUUCUGAGUUUCAAGUUAAAGCUUCUACAACUUGAGCAGAGGCUUUGACAAGAAGCUGGUUUUAUAGAAAGUAGAUCAACUCAAGGUAACAUCAGAAGAAUCCUCCAUGUCAAGAAUAAUGUAGACAAUGAAAAUACAGUGACAUUGAAGAGCUCCAUUCUCAUUUAGCAUCUACAUAAAAAAGCACUUGACUCUGAAACUGGAACUUCCCCCAUAGAAAAAAUUGGACUUCAACAACAAAUCAAGGAGGAUCAUUCAAACACUUUAUUCAUAGAAAAUACAAAGUUGUUAUCCUAUUGGCUUUGAGUGUAAGAGUCAAAUAAAAUACUUCAAAUGUUUUAUUAUCUAUUAUUACUAAGCAUGUAGGGCAGCUGUAACACAGAGCAACUGACUUGGAAAUGUGCUGAUCCCUGUUAGGUAGGUGUGUGUGAUCGAAAGGAGGGGGGGGGGGUUAUUUGAUCUCCUCAGUGUCGUUAGAGUAAAUAUUAUGAAACGUUAUACUGGCACCAGUUUCUGUUUCUCUUGCAGAUUGAGGUGCCUUGGUCUGGUGCUGAGAUGAUGUCCCCUGGAACGCCUGAGCCCCUCACCACACCUAGUGACAUCGUCUGGACAGGAACUACUACGGCAGGUAGCCUAGUGGUUAGAGCACUGGGACAGCAACCAAAAGGUCACUAGUUUGAACUUGAGCAAGGCAGUUAACCCUAAUUGCUCCAGGGUCGCCGUUGAUAGUGGCAAACCCUGGCAGGUGUCUCAGGGGGAGCAUGGAUAUGAAGAAAAACACAUUUCCAAUUCAGACAAGCUUAUAAUACAUACUGUGUGAAAUAGGACGAAUAUAAGCACCCACCUAAUUAUUAUUAAUCACUUCACCUUGGGUCAUCUCUGUAAAUCAGAGUUAUUUAUUUAUUUAUUUAUAUGUAUUUAUUUAUUAGUUGUGGGAGGCGUCACACUUCAUCGUCUAUUGACGCUUCCAGUUUGGCAUGGAAAGCAGCUGCAGUAUAGAAAGUUUACAUCCAGCAGAUUACAUUCAGCAGAUUACAUCCAGUAGAUUACAUCCAGUAGAUUACAUCCAGUAGAUUACAUUCAGCAGAUUACAUUCAGCAGAUUACAUCCAGUAGAUUACAUCCAGCAGAUUACAUCCAGUAGAUUACAUCCAGUAGAUUACAUUCAGCAGAUUACAUUCAGCAGAUUACAUCCAGCAGAUUACAUUCAGCAGAUUACAUCCAGUAGAUUACAUCCAGUAGAUUACAUCCAGUAGAUUACAUUCAGCAGAUUACAUUCAGCAGAUUACAUUCAGCAGAUUACAUUCAGCAGAUUACAUCCAGUAGAUUACAUCCAGCAGAUUACAUCCAGUAGAUUACAUCCAGUAGAUUACAUCCAGCAGAUUACAUCCAGUAGAUUACAUCCAGUAGAUUACAUUCAGCAGAUUACAUUCAGCAGAUUACAUCCAGCAGAUUACAUCCAGCAGAUUACAUACACCAUGUUCUAAAUUUGUGAGUUCCUGGGGUGGAUGAGGUAAACAUGGUUGGCUUUCAUCGUCUACACAUGCACCCCCAUUCUGAUCCUUUGCCCAAUCCAAAAACCAAUAUCUGAAUUGGGCUGCCUGUGUAAAUGCCGCUUUAUUGCAGCCCAAUUCAGAUUUUUUGACAGUUAUUUCCAUAUAUGAUACCCAUCUGUUAUUUUCCCUAAUGUGUAAAUAGCAAAAAAACACAUUGAAUCUGAUCUUUUGAUUUCCUAUUUAUAAAACCUCCAUAUGUGGAGCAGAAUCCUGAUACAAACCCCAUCCUCCAUAUGUGACCUCUGUCUGAACGCUCAGAUUUUUUUGUUGUUGGCACGUGAUGUUACCAUGACCACCACCCCAAAAUGUAAAGGAACAGUGACAGGAAAUGAGAAUUGCAUUUGUGUGCUACUUCUGAGUGUGAAUGCCGAAAUCUGAUAUGGGUCUGAAAAAAAGAUUGGAUAUAGAAAGGAAAUCAGAUUUGGGGUCUUAGACUGCCUGUGUAAACACAGUCAUAUAACUUCAGAGGAAGCACUCUGCUGCAUCCCAACUGUGAUAUGUGUAACUUCUGACUGUUCUACAACACACCAUACCUCUAGUCAGCCGCUUAUCAGAACCUUGAAUAGUCAAAUCAGGUGUGGUAGAACUGGGCUGGAGAAAAAAGCCUGCACAACCAUUUUGGCCACCCCUGAUUUAUAUGUACAACAGUUUCCUAUGUCUGAUGAUUUGGCUGUAAAUUAUGUAUUUUUUGAUAACUCACUUUUGCUGACAGGUACAGUAUUUUAGUACUAGGAGUGUCUUCAAUAAACUUUAAAGUAACUUACAAAGUUUAUGUUGAAGAUUGUUGUAUUUUCCAGGAGCUUGUUCGAUUGUCUUGUUAAAAGAGAUCAGGGAAUAAUUUUCCAGUUUAUCCCAUAUUGGCUUAAAUGGGUUUCUGGUUUUUCGCUUCCCUCUGGAAAAUCAGCUGUUAGUAUUUCACAGUAAUAUUGAAUAAAUACUAAUAACUACUUUA